GAAUUUUAUAUCAUCAUCUCAUCGGCUUGAUCCAACUUUUUACCUGACUUAGCCCGUCUAGUUUACUCGCGGCCGAUAUACCUAGCGACUCGUCAUCGAUCUCGUCCUUGAUCUAAUACGUCAACUAACAGCCUCAAUCCUUAUCAUGUCCACCAAAACUUCCAGCAAUGGGUCUACGGGUGGUACGGCAGGAAAGCGGUUCGAACUACCGGCACUGGAAUUCAAAUUUGGAUCUCUGACUGACGGAACCGACAUUCCACCCCCACUGCCGUCUCCCAAGGAAGAGGUGCCGCCACCGUCCAAGUCCCCGGCUCCGGAAGUAGUCGAGGAGAAGAAGGAAGCAAAUGGCGCCGCCAAUGGUCAUGGAUCACUUCUUAGUCACAACACCUCUAGUAGGCCCCCGAGUCGGACAGCGAGCGUUCUCGCGGAAGAGAGAAAAUCCAAGCGCAGCAGUGGCUGGUUCAAACGGUUAAGGUCGCAUGACCCUAAAAGGGAAAGUCUUCACUUUGAAGAAGUGAAGAAACCAACUGGUCCGCCACCACCGAUGAUUCCAGAACUAAGCGCGCUGGAAUCUAAAGUCGAUACCCGCCUAGGCGACGACCUAUUUAAAGGUAUUAAAUAGGGGAAUCGUCCCGCGGAAGAGAAUGAGAAAAAAAGAAUGAUACCCCAUCCACGACCAUGCUCUGCUUGCCUACCUGGGUUUGGCAUAUCAUAUCAUGGACUUCGAAUACCUAACUCAAAUCUACUGCCAUAAUUACAUUCGCGGCAAAGUAAUAUUUUAUCAUUGGAGUGUCGAAACCUCGAAGGGCGAGAGGAGGAAGAUUCGCUUUGAGAGAGCAGCUUUUUUUUUUUUUUGGAGGUGGAAUAUUAGAUACCCAGCUCUAACGUGAGCUCAUUCAACUGGCAGACUAUGUCAUACUUUCAAUGUUCUUGGACAUUUUAUUUUUCUUCAAUAUUUUUUUUCAUCUCGCUUUUUUCUUGGAUCUUCCUAUGCGCCAAUGCGCCUUUGCGUAUAAGUCCGUGCCAUAGUAAGAAGCUUGAGAAAAGGGGGUUUCCUGUUUGCUCGGCUAUCUUCGACAAGAGAAAAGGGGGGGAGCGGUCCUAACAAAUCGAGCUCUACUGGACCCGGAAGUUGGCAAUUCGAGGGAAACGGCAAAGGACGGAAGAAGACUUUGCAGACUGAGUGGGCAAAAAGAAACCGAGACGAAAAAGUCACGGAGCGAUUUCGAACAUUUUUUUUUU